AUGGAGGCGGAGGCGUUGGCCGCGUCCAUGCCAGCCCCGGGAGUCUCGACCGCCGUGUCUUUGGCCCUGGAGACAGCACGGUGGAUGGAGGAAGUGAUGCGCAUGGCCAAAGACGCCCUUGAAAAUACCGAAGUCCCUGUUGGCUGUCUUAUGGUCUACAACAAUGAAAUCGUGGGGAAGGGAAGAAAUGAAGUGAAUCAAACCAAAAAUGCUACUCGACAUGCAGAAAUGGUGGCCAUUGAUCAAGUCCUAGAUUGGUGUCAACGAAAUGGCCAGAGUCCUUCUGCUGUGUUUGAACGCGGUCAGAAUGAACGAUUUGGUGGCUGUGGCUCCGUUCUAAAUGUUGCCUCUGCUGACUUACCAAAUACGGGAAAACCAUUUCAGCGCAUCCCUGGAUAUCGGGCUGAGGAAGCUGUGGAACUGUUAAAGGCCUUCUACAAGCAAAAAAUUCCUAAUGCACCAAAAACAAAAGUUCGGAAGAAGGAAUUUCAGAAAUCCUGA